AUGUCUCGUAUAAUAUUCUCUCAAGCAGAUUCUCGCUCAGACGACCUUCAUGCCCCUAGGGAUUCACUAGAACUCGCCUCUCUUGCAUCGUCUUCCCCCGAGUCUGUGGGCCCGUCCUCGGGUUCCCCCUCUCCCUCGGGCAUUUCCUCCUCGCGCAAGCUAUCUCUCGAGGACGAGGAUCCUCUAUCUGACUCUCACUUACACGCGAACCUUGAAUCAGGACGACCGAGGUCGGCCCGCUCGUACUCCAUCUCCUCCGCAUUCGAUUUCGGCAACGCCCUCUUCCCACUCUCACAGACGGCUGGAGGCUACGCUCCCAUAGGGGCCCCCUCUGUACUCGAUCGACAGGGAGCAGUUGCCGACGGCUCAUUGGAACGAAAUAAGACAUUGACAUAUCUGAAUGGUCUAUCUUUAGUCGUUGGAUUGAUCAUCGGUUCGGGGAUUUUCUCGUCUCCGAGUCAGGUCAACGCCAAUGCGGGGUCUCCUGGUGCGUCCCUGAUCGCAUGGGCAGUCGCGGGGUUGUUAGCAUGGACCGGGGCUGCUAGCUAUGCGGAGCUCGGUGGAGCUAUCCCUCUCAAUGGCGGUGCCCAGGUUUAUCUCUCUAAAAUAUUUGGAGAGUUGUUCGGGUUUCUGUUCACAUGGUGCGCCGUCCUAGUCCUCAAACCCGGAAGCGCGGCCAUUAUUGCGAUUAUUUUUGGCGAGUAUGUCGCUCGAGCAGUGUUCGGAGCUGGUGCUGAGACAGCCAAUCCCUGGAUACACAAAGGAAUCGCGUUUGGGGGCAUGUUCCUGGUGACCGUGAUGAAUUGCCUAUCGACGCGAGUCGCCGCGCGCAUUGGAGACCUUUUCAUGUUCUUCAAGUUCAUCGCUUUGAUAGCAGUCGCCGUUAUCGGUAUCGUUGUUGCCGUUACAGGAUUUUCAUCAUCUGGGAGCGCAAGCGAUGAGUGGAAGUCGGGUUGGUUCAAGGGCACGAAUACCGAUAUCUCAGGGUGGGCUGUUGCGCUAUACACCGGGCUCUGGGCUUUUGAUGGCUGGGACAAUACGAACUAUGUGACUGGCGAAUUCAAAAAUCCCAGUCGGGAUCUCCCCCGGGUUAUUCACACUGCGAUGCCGUUGGUGAUCCUGUCUUACAUACUAGCCAACGUCUCGUACUUUUUAGUAUUGCCUCAUUCGACCAUUGAGGCCAGUAAUACAGUUGCUGUCCAGUUCGGCGACAAGGUCUUUGGCUCCGUGGGAGCGCUUGUUUUCGCCCUGGUGGUUUCUGCAAGCUGCUUCGGGGCACUCAAUGCAACGGUUUUCACUAGUGGCAGGCUUGUGUACGCUGCUGGCAAGGAAGGUUACCUACCCUCAAUAUUCGGCAAAUUAUGGACUGGCCGGUCUAGUGGGAUGGAAAGCAAUCGUUUGCGUCGCCGGUCUUGGGUCAGCAAGUCCUUUUCUCGUAUCUUCGGGGAGGGUACUUGCAUUGGUUUUACGCCGAUUAAUGCGAUGGCCUUGAACAGCGUCCUGACCUUGAUUUAUAUUGCCAUGGGCGAAUUCAAGACCCUAGUCACCUUCUAUGGCGUUGCAGGCUACACCUUCUACUUUCUCACGGUGCUGGGUCUAAUUGUCCUUCGAGUUCGAGAGCCGUACCUGGAGCGUCCCUACAAGACAUGGAUCUCUACGCCAAUCAUCUUCUGCUGUGUCAGUCUCUUUCUCCUGAGCCGCGCGGUCAUUGCCGAGCCGUUACAGACGUUAGUUGUGGUGGCGUUUAUUCUUGCUGGAGUCCCCGUCUACUUCUUCCGCAUCUACCAGCGUGAUGGGAAGAUCACGUUUCCAGGGUGGAAGUUUUGGCAAGCCAGUCGCCGUCGGUAG